CCCUAAUUCUUCCUUAAGUGAUUAAAAAGGGGAUUUCCUGUGGAAAAAAACAGGCUUUCCAUCAUGUGAAGUUUACUUUCUCUUUGCCGAGGUCUUUUCUCUCCCUGCUGCCUUGCAGGACGGAGCGAAGAUGGGUUGGGUCCUCCUCCUUGAAUGGAUGAUCGCUUCAGCUCUAUGCAUGUCAAGGGCCUACACACCAACGCAGGUGUUAGGAGUAGCAGGGAAUUCGGUGUUAUUCAAAGCAGCCCCCCCACCCAAUUUUCACAUCCGGGAGUUCAUCUGGCGUUCCUUGACGCCUUCCGAAGAGUUGGUGGCCACCUCGUUCAAGGGAAGCCCAGAGAUCCAGUACCGGUCCCGUUUCUACGGAAGGACUGGACUCCGCGACAACUUCACCUUAGAGAUCGAUCCAGUGGAUUUAGAAGAUGGUGGGAUCUUCUCCGUUCUGCUGGUGGACACCACAGGACAGAUGAAACAACAAGCUUUUGAGCUGAAAGUUUACGACACGAUUUCGACCCCAGUCAUCCGGCUGUUCACCGAAGAAAAGGCUGGAAAUGGCUCCUCCAAAUCUUGUCUACUUUUUUUGAGUUGCCACGCAGCCAGCAGGACUAACGUCACUUACGAGUGGGCAGGGCUGGGGGUGAAGAGCGGCCCAAAGCCGGAAUACUGGCUCAUGGAGGAGGGCCAGGUGCUACGGAUCCAACUAGAUCCCAAGGAAGCUUUCCAGGUGAGCUACACCUGUACGGCCUCUAACGCCGUCGUCCACAAAUCAGCUGUCGUCGAGCUCCGCGACUCCUGCCAACGACCUUCAGAAGGUGAGAAGACAACUGCAUACAGUCUCAGGGAGCUUCUCUUGAUCGUUGUCCCAGUGGUCUCCUUCUUCUUCUUGCUGGCAGUCCUUUUGUGCGUGUGCUACAAACAGCAUUCCGGGAAGAAAAUGUUCUACACAGUUCCCGGAAACGAGUCGAUCCAGCUUUAGCAGACGGGAAACGCAGAUCUUCCUUGGGUUGCUCCGACUCAGAAGGUGGAAGGUGUUUUGUGGGGGGGGGGGAAAUGAGAAGUGGGAAGAAAUUGUGUUUGGCGGAAAGAGACUUCCCUUCCACCCCCUAGAGAACUGAAGAUUGUCUUCUGGGUCUCGAUACUACAACUCCCAGAGUUCCCCAGGCAGCACAUCAACCACUGAGAAUUCUGGGAACUGAAGAGUAGUCUCUGGGUCUGGAUACUAUAACUCCCAGAGAUCCCCAGGCAGCACAGCAACCCCACUGAGAAUUCUGGGAGCUGAAGAUUGUCCUCUGGGUCUUGAUACUACAACUCCCAGAGAUCCCCAGGCAGCACAGCAACCACUGAGAAUUCUGGGAGCUGAAGAUUGUCCUCUGGGUCUGGAUACUACAACUCCCAGAGAUCCCCAGGCAGCACAGCAACCACUGAGAAUUCUGAAGAUUGUCCUCUGAAUACUACAGAUACUGUAUACUAAUACUGUAAUCCUCUGAGUACUACAACUCCCAGAGUUCCCCAGGAAGCACAUCAACCGCUAAGAAUACUGGGAACUGAAGAGUAGCCUCUGGGUCUGGAUACUACAACUCUCAGAGAUCCCCAGGCAGCACAGCAAUCACUGAGAAUUCUGGGAGCUGAAGAUUUUCAUCUAGGUCUCGAUACUACAACUCCCAGAGAUCUCCAGACAGCACAGCAACCACUGAGAAUUCUGGCACCUGAAGAUUGUCCUCUGGGUCUCGAUACUACAACUCCCAGAGUUCCCCAGGCAGCACAGCAACCCCACUGAGAAUUCUGGGAACUGAAGAUUGUCCUCUGGGUUUGGAUACUGCAACUCCCACAGUUCCUCAACUGUUGAGAACUCUGAGGAACCAAAGAUUGCCCUUCAGGUCUGUGAAAGGCAAUCAGUCAAACCUUGAUUACAGUCAUUGACCAGCAUAUUGUGAACUACAACUCCCAGCUUUUCCCCAACCAGCCCAGCCACUGCUGAGAAUUUUGGGAGCCGGAGACUGCUCUUCAAAUCUGUCAACAGGCUACGCGAUCUUUUAAUUUCUGAGCCAAAACUCUAGCACUCCCUUGUUUUGUUUUAAUCAGCAGUAAGGCAGAUAAAAUGCCUAUUUUGAAAAGGAAUAAAUAUGGAUAUAAGCUGGCUGGGGAAAUUCCUUUAAGAUCCCCCAACCUUGAGGUUUCCUACAAAAGGAAAUAAGAGAAUUGUCCUGUCAUGCGCUCCAGUUUCACUUUUGAGUUCUGCAAUAUUCACGUUUAUUUCCAAAGGUCAGAUAAACCCAGAGUUGUUGUUAUUUCUUUUUUUUCUUU